GUCUUCUCCCAGACAAGACAACUCUUCUUCGUAUCUUUUUCAACGAGAGAACAUUUACCAAAUGUAUUUCUUCAAGGAGAAGUCAUCAUCUUUACCGAUUUAGGAAUGCUCUUUCAGAUGCCUUGUGCUUUGUUGAUCCAGAUUCGAUAAUACCCAACUUUACUCUCUCUACACCUCUUUCAUGGCAGCCUCUCCCUCACAUUUGUCUCUCUCCCUUGAUCCUUCUCCUUCUUCCACGUCUCUCUUUCAUCUGCAAUCUCAAGCGAUCUUCGGUUCCAAGCACAAUUCAAAGGAAUAUUUGAAAACCCAGCUCAGAAUUCCAGCUUCUUUCAGAGUAAAAUCUGCCAACUUGCGACUGAUGGCGUCAGGCAACACACCUGGACUGACUCAUGAAGCUAAUGGGGUUGCAAUUGAUAGAGAAAAUAACACUGACGUAUUUGACGACAUGAAACAGCGCUUCCUUACCUUCAAGAAGCUUAAGUACAUGGAUAACUUAGAACACUACAAAAAUUUGGCAGAAGCUCAAGCUCCAAAGUUUCUGGUGAUUGCUUGUGCAGACUCUAGGGUUUGUCCUUCUGCCAUCCUGGGAUUGCAACCGGGUGACGCAUUCACUGUUCGUAACAUUGCAAAUUUAGUACCUCCAUAUGAGUCUGGACCUACUGAAACCAAAGCUGCUCUCCAGUUCUCUGUGAAUACUCUUAAUGUGGAGAACAUCUUAGUCAUUGGUCAUAGCCGCUGUGGAGGAAUUCAAGCUCUAAUGAAAAUGGAAGACGAAGGAGAUUCCAGAAGUUUCAUACACAACUGGGUAGUUGUUGGGAAGAAGGCAAAGGAAAGCACAAAAGCUGUUGCUUCAAACCUCCAUUUUGAUCACCAGUGCCAACAUUGUGAAAAGACGUCGAUAAAUCAUUCAUUAGAAAGGCUGCUUGGUUACCCGUGGAUAGAAGAGAAAGUGCGGAACGGAUCACUGUCUCUCCAUGGCGGAUACUAUAAUUUUAUUGAUUGUACUUUCGAGAAAUGGACGGUCGAUUAUGGAGCAAGCAGAGGUAAGAAGGAGAGCAGUGGAAUUGCUGUUAAAGACCGGUCAUUUUGGUGCUGAAAAACCACUAUCUCAAUCUUCAUAGAGUUUUUUUUUUUUCAUAAUAUAUAGAAACAUUAGACCCCUUUGAAAAGGGAUUAUCAUGUGUUUGUUCCACUUGUGUGUUGAAGUCUUUUCCUAGUUCUGUGACUUCUGUCUUAUUGAGGCUAAAACUUGGGAGACCCUUCAGGGACUUAAGUUUGUUUUUAUUGUCAGUUGUUUCAUCAGUGAUUUCGUUUAGAUU